AUGACCUUAUUACUUGAAACUCAAACUAUCCAGCAGAAAAUGGCUUCCCCACAAAGAAUCAUCGAAUUACAAAAGUUUUACCAAACUAGCACCAAGCCACUUUGGAGAGCACACCCUAACGCAAAUCUGAUUCUGAUCCCAUAUUUUGCAGCUUUUGCUUUCUCCUUAGGUGCUUCCCUUACCUUCGCUGUCAGAGCAGGUUUCGGUAUCAAGGCUUCCAAAUAA